AUGGCCCCGUCUACCAUCAAAGACAUGGCCAAUUCAUUGCUCGACAAGCGCGGGGGUACCCACGGGUUCCGCGUGACAGAAGACUGGGUAUCAGGAUACCUGGAAUUCCACCCAGACUUGGCAGCUAUUCUGGACGAGCACCGACAACGGCUCGAACCGUAUAAUCUACGUCCAGUGAGCUUUAUUGCGCGACCCUGGGAUCAGGAGACGCAACUGCAGGCGUGUGAGAACUUUCUGCAUAACGCGAGUGUUGUGGCGAAGGAGCAGAAUUGGUUGGAAGGGGGGGUAUGGGAAAAAUGCGAGGAGCUGGGUGCGACUCGGCCGGAUUUUGCGCGGUAUUUGGCGGCGCAGACUGAGGGAUUGAGGGGGCAGUUUGAUGAGAAGGUUAAGAAGAAGCAGCGGAAGUGUGUGGAGAUGAUUGAUUUGCUUUGGGAGAUGGGGGUUGAUUGUGGGAGGUUUUUUGAUGGGCUUGAGGAGAUAGAGCAGUUUAUGGAUGAUACGAGGGUGAUUCGGGAGGAGAUUUGUAGGCAGUUUGGGGAGGUGGAUGGAUCUGGAGAUGAAGAGGAGGAGGAGGAGGAGGAAGAAGGAGAAGAAGAAGAAGAAGAAGAAGAAGAAGAAGAAGAAGAAAGAACAAGAGGAGAAAGAAGAAGAGAAGAAUUACCGGGGGAGAAGUUGAAUGGGUUGGUCAAGAUGGAAGAAAGUGUGUACAUAAAAGUGUCAUGGGCGUUGGAAGGAAUGGGUUUAUCUUCAAUCUUCACAUGUAUUAUAGUCUGCGCAGCUUUGAAUAUACUUACGUUUCAGGUCUAG